AAGCGGUGUAUGGACCGGCUGAGUUCCAUCACGCAUGACAGCCCCCCGCGCCACAUGUAGUGCACACCUUGCAUCUACAGUUUCUUUUGAUCAGAGAUUUAACCGCUGCACCCAGGAUGUUCAGAUCACGUGGGCCAGUAGAGCUUCAGCCAUAUCAACCCGGCGCCCACUCUAGUUGAUCAAAUAAACUUUACAACAUAUCACUAUGAUUGAAACUUCCUAGCAUAUCUUUAGAAGAUCAGCCACCAGAGAAUAGACUCAGUCUCGACUCCUACUAGAGCUGUACAUAAGUUUGCAAAAGAAAGAAGGCUGAAAAAAGGGAAGAGAUGGCGAUCCAGCGUGAUGAAUAUAAGGACGAGAGUCAAACGUUACUUCGACAAGAUGAAGUGUCAUACAUGACUUUCUCAGGACAGAGAUCUGAUACCAAUUCAAACGAUACAAUCUCGCAACUUGACAACGAGAUUCAAGCAUCCUCCUCGACAGUGAUGCCAAUCAUGGGGAUCGAGAACUUCGAUGUCUUUCAUCAAACUGACUUGAAUGCCCGUUCGACUCCUGGAGGGCCUAAUAAAUGCACACCGAAAGAUGAAAAGUUGCCAAACGUCGGUGUUGCUACAGAUUCCAGCAAUCUUCCAUCUAAGGACGAGCAUGAAAGAGUAAGCGCUCAGCUUUCUGCUGCAGAAAGGCGGCUCCUCUGGAAGAUUGAUAUUAGACUAGUUCCGCUUCUCAUCAUAUGCUAUUUUCUCCAGUACCUCGACAAAGGCUCGAUCGGGUUCGCGUCCAUCCUUGGGAUCAUACCCGACUUGAAUUUACACGAUCAACAAUACUCAUGGGCGAAUUCUAUAUUCUUCUUUGGCUAUUUAUUCUUCUCCUACCCGACGUCAGUCAUGAUCGUCAAGUUCCCUGUGGGAAAAUAUGUUUCGGUUACAGUCAUGUCUUGGGCUGUGAUUCUCAUGCUCCACGCUGCAUGUACGAAUGGGGCUGGUCUCAUGGCUGUACGAUUCUUCCUCGGCGUUGGCGAAGCAACUGUUGUUCCCGCCUUUGCAAUCUUGAUCGGUAUAUUCUACAAGAGAGAAGAGCAACCUUUCAGGCAGUGUGCAUUCUUCAUUGGUGAUGGCAUCGCUGGCAUUACUGGUGGACUUAUUGCCUAUGGGAUCGCCCACAUUGAUGGCAAAGUCGCGGUGUGGCGAUGCCUGUUUCUGAUAUACGGUGCUGCGACGAUAUUCUUUGGCGGCAUUCUGUAUUUCGCACUACCAUCGCAUCCAUCUACAGCAUAUUUCCUCACAGAAGAGGAACAGAAAUUGGCAGUACAAAGAGUGCAGGGAAAUGGAAGCAGGAAGACCAGAAAAUACAAGAAGAACCAAGUCAUCGAGGCUCUUAAAGAUCCACAAGCAUGGCUGCUUACUAUGAACACUUUCUGCGUCAAUGUUGCCACGGGUGGUCUUUCCAGUUUCGGAAACAUCAUCAUCAAAGGCUUUGGAUUUGAUCUAUUCUCAACGCUUCUAUUGCAAAUACCAUUUGGAGUGUCGCAGAUAAUCUUCGUUUCUAUCGGUGCCUACCCUGGCUCCUUUGUCAAGAACGCAAGACUGUUUGCAAUGAUGUUCUUCAUGGCAGUCAGUAUCACGGGAACGUUAAUGAUGUUCCUGAUUCCCGCUGAACAUCGAGCUGCCCGUGUCGCAGGAGCGUGCCUCACUUCAGCAUUCUCAGCAAAUCUGCCAAUGGCUACAUCCAUGGUGACAUCGAAUAUCACUGGAUUCACCAAGAAAGCAACGGUGAUGUCCAUGGUAUUCGUUGCCUAUUGUGUUGGCAGAAUUGUUGGGCCCCAUUUCUUCCUCGAUAGCGAGUCUCCUAGAUACCAGACGGGGAUGAGAACUAUUAUUUCCGUUUUCUCUAUUGCGGGGGCGAUUGCAAUCGUCUUGCGGAUCUAUCUCAUGAGGGAAAAUGCUCGGCGAGACAAGGCAAUGGAGAACUCGUCUGAUGCAAGGAUUCAUUUACGGGACGAUUUGGACGAAAGCAUGGAUAUCACGGACAGAGAAGAUAUGUUCUUUAGAUACCUAAUGUGAGUUGUUCAAAGAGGGUAUCAGAGCGGAGGGCCGAUGCAGAGUGGGAGCAAUAAAUAGGAGUUAAAAGA